CUGCCGGUGAAUCCCACCACCGAACCAAGGGUCGCCCAGAACGAACGCGAAGACGUCUUGGAGACCUUGGUGUCGUCGGCGUUGGCGGUGGCCUUGGAGGAGGAACAGAAGACAGAGACACGGCCGGCGCGGGCGUUGUUUUCUAGGUACCUAACCAUUAUAAAAUGGAUUGAAGCCAGGCUUGGUGGAACACACCUUUAAUCCCAGGGAGCAGAAGGCAGAGGCAGCCUGCCUGGGCUACAGAGUGGGACAUAUGCUAGUGGUAACAGCUUUCCCAGGGAAAAAGAAGAUGUGACAAUCCAGGACAUUGUGGACUUUUCUGAUGUUUACCACUCUAAUGAAGAGUAUUUCAGGAAACUAAGAGAGCUAAAGGCCGCCCAUGCAGAAACCAUGGCAAAAUUAGAGAAAAUGUACCAGGACAAGCUAAAUAUAAAAGACGUCUGGCCAGUGAUCACCAGGGAAGAUUAUUCUAGUGUCUCCUCUAGUUCUGUAUCGGAACAGAACUGCCCUCACCCUGGCUUAGUGACAUCGUAUUCAGAGCCUGACAUAGGCCAGUCGCCCUCCCUGUCCACUACUUCUGACGAGGAGCUGCCCAGCCUGGAGAGAGAGGCCCCCGGGGAAAGCAGAAUGACAGCCUACGCCAAGGAGCUCAUCAACAACAUGUGGACUGACUUUUCUGUAGAAGAUUAUAUGCAGUAUGACUCUGACGUCCAAACAUCUAAGAAAACAAGGAAGAAACAAAAACCCUGGGUGCCCAGAGUGACGGUGCCUGUGCCCUUUCAGAUGACAGUUAGAGAGCAGAAGAAGAGAGAGGCUGCCCAGAAAGCAAGGCCAGAUCCCCAGAGUCGACAGAAACUGCUCAAGAGGGAUGACGAUGACGAUGUGGAGUGUAAGAAGAAAUUCCGAGCCAAUCCUGCCCCCUCCUGCAUACUGCAACCAUUUUAUGAGGAUAUGGUCAGGCAGAAUGAAGAGCGGAGGAGGACCUCCAAGGAGAAGAGCAAAGCCGCGCUCCUGGCCUCCCAGAAGCCAUUUAAGUUCAUUGCCAGGGAGGAAGAGAAGCAAGCAAUCCGUGAAAAGCAGCUGAGAGACCUUUUUAAGUCUAAAAGGAAGACGAAGUGGUUUAAAGCCAGACCUGUGCCUCGUUCAAUUUACAGGUCAGCUGCAAAUGACAAAUCAAAAGAUGACGAGUUCUAUAGGGACAUCAGGACGCAGCUGAAGGCCCGAGAACUGCUGCAGAAUUCGUCCUGGCCUUGUAGGCAGGGCCAGGGACAUUUCAGGGUCCCCCGAAGUCCUGGAAAGCCAAGGGGUAGACACAAGUGCAAGUGCCUGUGCCCUGAUGAUGGAAAUUUUGCUGAGAAACAAUGGAAGGAGUCCUCCUCAGAACCCAGUUUUCAGAAACACUCAACUCUUUGUAAACAGUGUGGUCUUCAUGAAUACUCUUGUGACUCUGCUAAAAGACAGAAGGUCUUGGCAGACCUUAGAGCAGAUGAAGAAAAUCUAAAAGAAAUACUCUGGCCUCAUCCAUCUCCAAGGCUUAAGUCACCAGUAAGAAGUGCAUGCACAAAGCCCAGGCCUUGCCGGUGCAGCCCUCCGAUGCCUACCCUGUCUUCCCGAGGGCGGGAACAAGCCAUCAGGAAAUCACUUGAGGAAAAGAAAAUGUUGGAAGAAGAGAGAAAUCGGAUCCUAACUAAACAGAAGCAAAGAAUGAAAGAAUUGCAGAAACUCGUGGCAACCCGGGUUAAGGCUUAUGACUCACAUCAGGGCUUAGCCCAGAUGUCUAAAUCCAGAGUAAACCAGCUCAGAAAGAGUGAAAAGGCAAGGAUGAAAGAAUAUCGGCGAGAACUGCAAGAGCGAAAUGAAAAACUGCAGCAGAGGCCAAUGCUGUUCGAAAGAGUCGCCCAGAGAAAUGCAAGGAUGGCAGCAGAAAAGCGCUAUUCUAACACUCUAGAAGCUCUAGGACUGUCUGAGGAGUUUGUUUCAGAGAAAGGCCAAGGUGGAAAGGCGCCUGAGAGCUUCACCAGAGAAGAGCUGAGAAGCCGCACAUCGGAUAAAGAAAGCUCUUAUGAAGAAGAAGGAGAGAAUGAGGAAGAAAACUAUUUUAUUGAUGCCAACAGCCAGGAUUCUUGCAAGGAAAACACUGAAGAGGUUAAAGAAGGUAGAGAAGAAAAUUCUGAAGAAUGAACCUGAAUUGCAAGGUUUCCUCUCACUGAGCCUCUCUGUGUGCAGCCUCAGGACUGCAGCCCUGCACUGUGGUGACCAGAGCAUGUGUGGGGACAACUCUCACACAUGCAGGGCUGCUGGACCGGAACAUCAUGUUGGAAAAGGCUGAAUCCACAUAAUGGGUGAUCUGAUUGCUAAAGUACAGCUUUACCCUAUGUGUGCUGUUUAUGAUAAUGAUUAUUUUGUAUUUUCAAAGUGUUUUGGGGGUUGGAGAACCACAGCUGUCAUAAAUGGAUUAGUUCUGAUAAUGUACACUUAUAUUUGGUAGGGAAAAGAGUUUGGUAUGGAGAGAACUAUUAGCUUUUGAAGAUCUAUUUUUAAUUUAAUAAGUAUUUUCAACUUUUCUCUGAAACAUUUUUAAAAUAAGUAAUAUACAGAAAAAAUAGGUACUUGGAAAUUUACAAUUUUUCCACUUAAAAUUUACUGCUAAAUUAUCUAUAGUAUGGCUAAAAUUUUUUUUAACCUUUUUUUUUUUUUUUUUUUUUGGUGGAGAUUAAAUCCAGGGCUCACACAUACUUGCAUGAAUUCUACCAUUGCGCUAUAUCCCUAAUCCCCCAAAUUAUUUUUGAUAGCUAAAGUGUUAAAAUACUUUACACUACUCUAAAAAUCCUACGUAUUAUUGCAUCUAGAGUAAUUAUGGCAUUUGUGCAUGGUAAUCUUUUUGCUUGUUUGGUUGUUUUUGUUUUUUUUGUUUGUUUGUUUUUGUUUUAUUUUGUUUUGUUUUUUUGAGGCAAGGUUUCUCUGUGUAGACCUGGCUGUCCUGGAACUCACCACCGGUCCACCUGCUUCUCUCUCCUGAGAGCUGGGAUUAAAGAUGUGCACCACCACUGCUCAUUUUGUGUGGUAAUCUUAAUUAAAAGAUACAAGUCCUUGUUCUAAACAUGCUGAAAUUGUGAUCCUAACUUGCCAAAGGAAAAUCCUAAAAGUAAUUCAAGUUUAAUCUUUAUUGCUAACUUACUUGUACCUUCCUUUGUAUGCUGUGUUACAAACUUACUGUCUCUGUUAAGAUUUAAUUUGAUCUUGAGUCAUCUUUCACUCUUUAAGCACAUUUUUUUUUUGAAAAUUCAAACUAAUCUUUAAUUGUGCUACAGGGUAAGACAUCGCCUGUCUAACAAUCGGCUUUACAAAGAACUAAUAACAAAGGCGGGUGACAGCGUCUCCCAGCCACUUCUCUGUGCUUAGCAAGGUGUGCACUCAGCUGGGGUUCAGGUUAAAUUACUUGCCACUCUUAUUAGAUUGCUAUGUCCUUUAGAGGUGGCAUCAUUUGAAAAGUGUCACAUUUGUAAUGCCAUUAGCUGUUAAUGCAGGCUUGUACAUAUGGCAGACGCCUUAAUGCAGAUUUGAAUGAGUGGAUGAAUGGCUUUCAAUUAUAGUUACAGUUACUUCCGAGUGUGUACAAAUGGGUUUAGAAACAUUUCCAACUUUCCGAGGACUUGUAAAACAAUCCACAAAUUGUUAUAUUUAGAAUGUUACUUCCACUCUCCUUUUCUCAACUUCAUGGAGAGAGUGUGGUUUGAGACAUUAAAGGCAUUGGAACCAGUC